AUGAAGUGCACCUCCGUCCUCGUUGCUGUUCUCGCUGCUGGCACCGUCCACGCCGCCGCUGUCGCAGGUGGUCCCGGCACAACCCUUCCCAAGUGGUGUGGCCACAUUGGCCAGGGCUGCAAGCGAACUGCCGAUGCGUCCGUCGAUGUCAAGCGCUCGGCUGAUGCUCUCGCCGAGGCCAUGGCCCGCAACUUGCCUAUGGUCCUCCAGAAGUGGUGUGGCCACAUUGGCCAGGGUUGCUACAAGGCUAAGCGUGCCGCCGACGCCGCCGAUGAGGUCAAGCGUACCAGCGAUGCUCUCGCAUAUGCCAUGGCUGCUCUCGAAGAAGAAGAUGACUACUCAGAGUAA